CUUAUGAUAAAUAAAAGACUUUCGAGCAUCGUUUUAGAUAGUCGUGAUCAACGUGUUGACCAGGUCGAAUCAAACAUUUUCAAAAAUAAUAUGAAAUGUUCAACAUAACGUUUGUUAUCCGAAAUGUUUCGAAGUUAUGUUUUGCCUCUGCAAUUUUAGAAAGUGUGGAAGUUAAUCAAUGCGUAAAAAGUGAUUUGACAGUAAUGUGUCGCAAUGAAAAAAAUUUUGAACGAAACUUAUGAAAACGUAUCCGUUUUAACAAUAUUGGAAACCGAAUUACUUGAAGUGUCUGCAUUUAGAAACAUGAAAAAGUUAGCACAAAUUGAAAUAGAAGGUAUCAAUGUUACAUUUUUAAGAACAGGAAUUUUUCGAAAUGUUCCAGAACUUAAGUCUAUUAAAAAAUCCAACAUAAGUAAUAUAGAAAAUGACCCUUUUUAUGACGUUCCAAAUUUAAAAAGUUUAUUAUUGAGUUCAAACAAGUUAAUAUGGAUUUCAGCUGAUAAUCUUCUGACCUUUCCACAGAAAUUAACACAACUUUCUCUUCAACACAAUUUGUUAACUGUGGUGACGAAAGAUACGCUAAAUAAAUUAACUAAUUUGAUAAAUCUAGAUUUGUCUCAUAACACUAUAUUAGUAAUAGAAAAGAAGAGUUUUGACCAAACUCCACAUUUAUGGUCCUUGGAUUUAAGAUACAAUCAACUGAAAGAACUUGAUUGCGAUAUGUUUCCUACGUCCGGAAAGAAUUUAUUUAAGUGGUAUCCAGAGUCCCAAUCCAUGGUUUUCUUCUUGCUUUAGAGAGAUUUAUAGGAUUUUCAACGAAAACAACAUUGUGGAAGUGUGGCAUAUGCCCUAUGGAAAUUAAAAAAAUAUAAUUGUGGAAACAAUACAUAUAUUGACGAAUUAAGUGAAAAAUAUUUGAAAUACAUAAAUGAUUACAAAGGUUUUUUUUUAAAUUUCGAGAACUUUGAUUUGUGACACAAAAAGUAUAGUGUUAAAUUUUGCAUUGCACAAAUAUAAAAUGAAAUAUUUUUACUAUCGUUGUUUGUGUGAUUAAUCCUUAAAUGUGUUACUUUCAAAGUAUUAAGAGUGAACUACAAAAAAAUGUUUCUAUAGUACGCUAUGACCGACAAAAGCAGAGAUACGUAAACUAUUUUAGGCACGACUGAAAUAAAUCCAAACUGAUAUUUAAAAAGGAAAAAUUGUACGCUUCAACAUUCGUGAAUUUUUCAAAGUCUACUUUAGAAACAUUUUUUGUGAAUCACUCUAUAUAAGGAACAUUCUUUUACUUAGUUAUAAUAAUAUAUUUAAAAAUUACUUACCUACCUCAUACUUUUUAAUUACCCUAAUUGUUAGUCUGUAUUACUACUAUUAUUUUACACUAUUG